UACAAGGCACACAAAAUGGCGUCAGCUCCCGAUUACAGCGCAUACAGCCAGUCUACUGCUCAACAAGGGUAUGCUGCUUAUGCUGCCCAGCCCACACAAGCUUAUGGACAAUCUGCCCAGCAGAGUUAUGGCCAGCAGAGUUAUGGAUCAUAUGCUCAACCCGCGGCUGCUGCUGCUGACGGUACAUAUGCACAGACAACUCCCGCUGCUGGUUACACUCAACCACAGCAACCCCAACAAUACAGUUCCACUUAUGCCCAGCCAGCCCAAGCUGGCUAUACUGCUGCCCAGUCGACCGCUCAUAGUUACACCCAGUCAUCCCAGGGCUAUGGAGCACAGGCUUAUGAUGGUACUCCUGCUGCUGCCGCUGCUGCAGCCGCAGCUGCUGCUGCUGCUCCAGCUGCCUCCCAGUCUUAUGGGUCCCAGCCUGGAUAUGCUGCUCAGUCUGCAUAUCCUGCUUAUGGUCAACAGCCAGCUCCGACUGCACCACAAAGUUACAGUGCGAACAGCCAGCCUUCUAGUUACAACCAAAGCAGCUACUCUCAGCAGGCAGGGUAUGGCCAGCCUGGUUAUCAGGCCCAGCCAUCAAGCUACGGCCAGCCGUCAAGCUACGGUCAGCAGCAGGCCCAGCAACAGGCCCCUCCGGCUUACCCACCCCAGGCUGCAAGUUCCUAUGGGCAGCCCCCCACCAGCCAGUAUGGCCAGCAAGGUGGACCACCUAGCUAUCAGUCCAACCAUUACAAUAGUUAUAGACCGGAUGGCCAGGGCGGGGGUUCUGGUUACUCAGACUCUUCGAGGUACUCCAGUGGAGGAGAGGGCAGGGGCCCUGGCCGUGAUGGUUUCGACAGAGGAGGAAUGAUGCAUCGUGGGCGUGGUGGCAUGGGUCGUGGCAUGGGCAGCGCUGGAGACAGAGGUGGCUUCAGUAAGCCUGGUGCACACGGAGACGAGCGUGAUGGACGCACUGAAGAGCAAGAUGAAUCGGAGAACUGUGCUAUCUACAUCACUGGCUUGACUGAGAAGGCUAACAUUGAGGAAAUGGCUGAAUUCUUCAAACACAGUGGCUCAAUUAGAUUCAAUCGCAGGCUUGGCCAGCCUGCCAUAAACAUCUACACGGACAAGGACUCAGGGAAGCCCAAGGGAGAUGCCACCCUCUCGUAUGAGGAACCAGCCAACGCCAAAGCUGCUGUGGAACACUUCGAUGGGAAGGAGUUCCAGGGCCGCAGGCUCAAGGUGUCUAUGGCACGUCGUAAACCUCAAAUUGGUGGAAUGAGAGGAGGCAUGCCCAUGCGAGAUGGCAUGAUGGGCCGAGGAGGUAUGAUGGGCCGUGGAGGAGACCGUGGUGGGUUCAUGCCCCGAGGUGGUCCACGUGGUAUGGGCAGAGGUGGGCCCACAGGAGGCAACAUGCAGCAGAGAGCUGGGGACUGGGAAUGUCCUAAUCCGGGCUGUGGCAACCAGAACUUUGCCUGGAGGAUGGAGUGCAACCAGUGCAAAGCUCCCAAACCUGACGGAAUGGGUGGUGGCGGUGGUGGUGGUCCUCCUUCCUUUCCUCCUGGCGGUGACCGAGGCAGAGGUGGAAUGGGAAUGCGUGGGGGCAGAGGCAUGGACCGUGGUGGGCCCGGAGGCCCUGGUGGAUUCCGUGGAGGCUGGGGAGGUGACCGUGGUGGAUUCAGAGGCCGUGGUGGCAUGGACAGGGGUGGCUUCCGUGGUUCUGGCCGUGGAGGACCACCCAUGGGUGGCAGAGGAAGGGGGAUGGGCCCACCAGGUGGCAAGAUGGAUAUGAGGGAUCAUCGCGGGGAGCGCAGGGAGAGACCUUAUUGAAGUUCUUGACCUUUUUGUGCCGUACCAUAUGGAAUUUUAAGAUGCAAAUUUUUAAUUUAUGAUUCCAUAUGUGAUGGUUAUUUUAACUGCUCUCCAAUCCUGCGCAGUUUCACCUUCCAUUUUUAUUUUUACGUAUUCUAGUUUGUUUAUACUUAAUGUGCAUGUUUUUUUAAUACAGCUCAGUUUUGUCAUUGUAUCGUUAGUGCAAUAUUUGUUAUUGCCUGCCCUUUUCCUUCCAAAACUGUUAGAGGGAAUAAACUUUUACUGAUGUUA